AUGUCCAUAUUAAAAAUACCAAUACAAUUCGUGGAUGAUGGUCGCGAUUCUCAGCUCUUAACUAUUGUGGACUCAAUUUUAUCACGAGCAACUUUGCCUGAUAUCAACUAUGCAGGAAAGUAUGAGAAGAUUCCAGUCGCAACUUACCUGAAGGGUCUGCCUAGAAUCAAACCAGCAGAAGGAUUUACAAGACUAUUAAUGGAAAUGUUGAUUCAUUUUGAUGCGCAAAAGACUGUCACAUACAUCCGACUUGGCUAUGAUAAUAAGAAGAAAAAGUGCCGAAAUGAUUGUUAUGUCACAUACCUGAAUCAAAAUAGUGCAAAACUAUUCGCAGGUGAACUGGAGCCUAUUAAACAUAGCGUUUAUGGAGUGGAAAUAGAAGCUUCAAUGAGCAAAAAUGUUCCUUUAAUCAUGCGCACGUCUGAAACGUUCAGACUUAACAAUAACGUCGCACCGUGGUCUGAAGAAAUCGAAAGUCACAAUCAAUUAAUAGUGAAGCAACAAGCACCAUUUGACCAUCCUCGUCGUAAUGAAGUUGAUGAGUAUACUGGAGAUACAUCCUUAAUUCGAUUUCCAAUAGUCGCCGCGAAUAAUAGUAAUGAACGUCAUACAUCAACAAGUAGUAUCAAGCCUUUAAAAGUCCAAUCAACAAUCCAAAAGGUAUCAUUUAAACCAUCUUUCAAGCCAGCUAAGCUGACUCGUACAGCAACAAAAGACAAGAAUAAAGAGCAUGCAAUCAAUAAAGAUAGUGAUAUCAAUUUAAAAAUAAAUAUCAAAGCAGCAACUGAGAAAGAAGGACCUAAACGAAUAGUUUAUGAUUUGACAGAGAAGCGUCGUUCAUCAAAACAAGUGGAGUUAAGCUCAGACUCGAGUACUGAUUCUGACGACAGCGAUCAGCGUCUACUUAUUGAUGAAGAUGUUGCAUUAGAAUCCGAAUAA